GGCUCAGCACCCGCCGUGUACGCGCCCGUGCGCGCGCCCCGUGGCUCCAGCCGAGCGCUCGGAGCCGCUUUCGCUGCUACUGUCUGCUCCCCCGGGCCGCCGCCGCCGCCGCCGCCGCCUCCCCGCGCAGGCCCGGGGCUCUGUCCGCUGGGCCCGCGCCACUCGCCCCGAGCCAGGAGAACGAGCUCGAGGAGGAUGCCUGGGCCCGUCCUGCGCGGCCCCGGGUGAGGCACGCCCGCGCGCCCGCCGGCGCCAUGGGAAGGAGCGGGCGCCGCUGUUGUCCCCCGCCGGCGCGCGCACGACUUGAGACCUGCCACGGGCAGCCCCCGGCCGCGGGUCCCCGAGUGACGCUGGCGGCACCUGAGAGUGUGGCGCGGGCCCGGGGCCACGCAGAGGAGCCCAGUGUCCAGUGAAGCGGCUGAGGACCCGCCGCCCGUGCCGCCGCCAUGGUGAUGUCCCAGGGCACCUACACGUUCCUCACGUGCUUCGCCGGCUUCUGGCUCAUCUGGGGUCUCAUCGUCCUGCUCUGCUGCUUCUGCAGCUUCCUGCGCCGCCGCCUCAAACGGCGCCAGGAGGAGCGACUGCGCGAGCAGAACCUGCGUGCCCUAGAGCUGGAGCCCCUCGAGCUCGAGGGCAGUCUGGCCGGGAGUCCCCCGGGCCUGGUGCCGCCGCCACCACCACCGCACCGCAGCCGCCUGGAGGCCCCGGCGCACGCGCACUCGCAUUCGCACGUGCACGUGCACCCGCUGCUGCACCACGGGCCCGCGCAGCCGCACGCACACCCGCACCCGCACCCGCACCACCACGCGCUCGCGCAUCCGCCGCCUCCGCACCUGUCGGUGCCGCCGCGGCCCUGGAGCUACCCCCGCCAAGCGGACUCGGACAUGUCCAAACCACCGUGUUACGAAGAAGCGGUGCUGAUGGCCGAGCCGCCGCCGCCCUACAGCGAGGUGCUCACGGACACGCGCGGCCUCUACCGCAAGAUCGUCACGCCCUUCCUGAGCCGCCGCGACAGCGCGGAGAAACAGGAGCAGCCGCCUCCCAGCUACAAGCCGCUCUUCCUGGACCGGGGCUACAACUCGGCGCUGCACCUGCCCAGCGCCCCUCGGCCCGCUCCGCCCUGCCCAACCCUCUGCCUGCAGGCCGACCGCGGCCGCCGGGUCUUCCCCAGCUGGACCGACUCAGAGCUCAGCAGCCGCGAGCCCCUGGAGCACGGAGCUUGGCGCCUGCCGGUCUCCAUCCCCUUGUUCGGGAGGACUACAGCCGUAUAGAGGGGCGCCCGGCGCCCCGGGCCCCGGGCCCCACCGGCGAACUCCUGGCCUGACUGCGGGGCUUUUUAAAUGCUUCCCUGGACUGCGGGGAGGGGCGGGGGGAGGGAGGGAUUUCUUAUCCCGUUUGUUACAUUUUGAGGAUAAUAAAGGUGUGUGAUCUGGUUUGGUACAAGCGGAGGGUGCACCCGCUGCUUUCGCCCAGGGUUUUGGCGACAAGCCGGGGCCUUGGCAGGAAGAACUCUGAACGUGCAUUUCCGCCACAAGACCGCCUAAGGAUGCAGAGCUAAGUCUGAGAUCAAUCUUCCUCGGGCGGUUCUAGGUUCCAGGCGGCUUCCCCUGGAAGCCUCAGCCCCCCACCCAGUGUCUCACGGGCCUUGUAAGUCGGGUGAGGGCGCCCCCUGGUAGCAGGGAGGUGCUGCGGCCUCGGAGGUGGGAGGAGUUGAGAACCUGGGUUAGGGCAGGCGGCAGCCCAAAGGGAUCUGGAUUUCUUUAUUAACAGACAUGAGCACGACCCGUUACAGAAGUUUGUGCUUUCCAAAAAA